GGAGACACAGAGGAACUCUACAGCAUCCCAGUCCCUGAAGCUCCUCCAUCUGCAGCGCGGAGCUGGAAGGGCCAGAAUGUGGAGAGCACCGCUGCUUCAAACCUUUUUCCUCUUCUUAUUUUCUGUUAGAUGGUGCCAUGCUGAAGGAUGUGAAUUGGGGCAGUUUCGGUGUGGGACGGGUCGAUGUAUACCUGGUGAAUGGCACUGUGACGGAGCGUCAGAUUGCAGCGAUGACUCCGAUGAACACGACUGCCCUCAGGUAACAUGUGAUGACAGUCAUUUCCAGUGCCUGAGUGACGGCGAGUGCAUCCCCAUUGUAUGGCUGUGUGAUAAUGAGGAGGACUGUGAGGACAGCUCAGAUGAGAGGCACUGCCCUGGGAGGACAUGCACCAGUGGCCAGUUCAGCUGCAGCAACGGCGCGUGCAUCCCAGGAGAAUACCAUUGCGACCACCUGGCAGACUGCUUAGAUGGAUCUGAUGAGACCAACUGCAAUUACCCUCGGUGUACAGAGAUGAGGUGUGCCAAUGGGGCCUGCUAUAACCGAACUCAAAGAUGUGACCAUAUACUUGACUGCCGUGACGGCUCUGAUGAGGCAAACUGCACACAGCACUGCAAUACAGGCUUCCACCAAUGCAAUAAUGGGCUAUGUGUUCCUCAACGCUACGUCUGUGACCAUGACGAUGACUGUGGAGACCGGAGUGAUGAGUUAAACUGCACGUAUCCUGCUUGCAGAGGAAAUUACUUCACUUGUCCUAGCGGUCGCUGUAUCCACCAGGUCUGGCUUUGUGAUGGAGAGGAUGACUGUGAGGACAAUGCUGAUGAAAAAGGCUGUGAUAAUGUUCCACGGGAGUGUUACCCAGGGGAGUGGCCCUGUCCAUCCUCUGGGCUGUGCAUCCCCAUGGAGAAGCUGUGUGAUGGGCAGGCUGACUGCCCUGAUGGAGAGGAUGAAACUAACACCACUGCUGGACACAACUGCAGCAUCUUGAGGUGUGCUACUUUGAGCUGUGAGCAUCACUGCCACCCGUCCCCCAGUGGAGGAGCAUGUUCCUGUCCAUCCGGCUACAUUGUCAGCAGCAAUGACAGUCGUUCCUGUAUAGACUUUGACGACUGCUCCAUGUGGGGCGUCUGUGACCAGCUGUGUGAGGACCGCAUAGGAUCCCAUCGCUGCAGCUGUCGGGAGGGCUAUACUCUGGAGCAACAUCGCUACUGCAGAGCAGACGUAUCUACUGGAGUUCCUUUCCUAGUUUUUUCUAACGGCAGAGAUCUGGUAAUAGGUGACAUCCAUGGCAACAGUCUGCGCACUUUAGUCAAUUCACAGAACAGAGGAAUUGCUGUUGGAGUCGACUUCCACUAUGAUCGGCGUAUGAUCUUUUGGUCAGAUACCAUACAAAAUAAGGUGUUUUCUGUGCAUAUGGAUGGUUCCAACAUGCAGGUGGUUUUAAAUGUAUCAGUUGACUAUCCUGAGAAUCUGGCAGUGGACUGGGUGAACAAUAAACUGUAUGUGGUGGAGGCCAGCGUCAAUAGAAUUGAAAUGGUGAACUUGGAUGGAAGCAACCGGGUUACGCUCAUCACUGAAAACCUCGGAAACCCUAGAGGACUGGCGGUGGACCCCACUGUCGGGUAUAUGUUCUUCUCAGACUGGGAGGCAGCAAACGGUCUGCCAGGCCUAGAGCGGGCCUUCAUGGAUGGUACCAAUCGUUAUGGGAUUAUUGGCACCAAACUAGGCUGGCCCUCUGGAAUCACUCUAGACAUAGAGGCGAAGCGCAUCUACUGGGUUGACAGCCGCUAUGAUUAUAUUGAAACGGCAACCUAUGACGGUCUGCACAGGAAAACCGUUGCCCAUGGGGGGGCUGUGGUCCCACAUCCUUUUGGCAUCAGUCUGUUUGAGCACAAUGUCUAUUUCACGGACUGGACCAAGAUGGCCGUGAUAAAAGCAAACAAGUUUACUGACAGCAAUCCACAUGUGAUUUACUCUACAUCUCACACCCCACAUGGAGUAGCAGUUAUACAUCAGCUAAAGCAACCACAAGUGCCAAAUCCUUGCAGUGUGGACAGUGGUGGAUGUGAGCAGAUCUGUGUUUUAAGUCACAGGAGUGACAAUGGAGGACUUGGUUAUCGCUGCAAAUGUCGCAUUGGUUAUGAUCUGCACGCUGAUGGCAAACGGUGUUUGCCUGUGAGGCAGUUUCUGCUGUUCUCCAGCCAGCUGGCUGUGAGAGGAAUCCCCUUUAACCUGUCCUCCCAGGAGGACAUCAUCCUGCCGGUCACCGGAUCACCCUCCUACUUCGUGGGUGUGGAUUUUAGCGCUGAGGAUGAUGCCAUCUUUUUCUCUGACUCUGCAAAAGAUAUUAUUUACAAACAAAAGGUGGAUGGAACAGGCAGGGAGAUAUUGGCGGCUAACAGAGUGGAGGGAGUGGAGGAUCUGGCUUAUGACUGGAUUUCGAAAAACCUCUACUGGACAGACCCACGAUACAGGAGCAUAUCCGUCCUGAGACUGGCUGAUAAGUCCAGGAGGGCCAUUAUACAGAACCUGAACAACCCCAGGGCCAUCGUGGUGCAUCCUAUUAUUGGGUAUAUUUUUUGGACUGACUGGUACCGUCCUGCAAAGAUUAUGAGGGCUUGGGGUGACGGGUCACAUGCCAUGUCUAUUGUAAACACUACCCUGGGCUGGCCCAAUGGAUUAGCAAUUGACUGGAGUUCCAUGCGUCUGUAUUGGGUCGAUGCUUUCUUUGACAAGAUUGAGCACAGCAACUUUAAUGGACAAAACAGGCUUUCUUUGGACCGCAUCACUCAGAUCUCUCAUCCUUUUGGCCUUACCAUCUUUGAUGGCUAUGCAUAUUUCACCGACUGGCGACUGGGUGGCAUCGUGCGUGUGCGGAAAACUGACGGUGGGCAGAUGGUUGUUAUUAGAAGAGGAAUCAGCCACAUCAUGCAUGUCAAGUCUUUUAACUCCAACUCUCAGAUCGGUUCCAACCUCUGCAACAGGCAGACAAAUCCCAACGGAGACUGCAGCCACUUCUGCUUCCCUGCUCCAGACUCCCAGAGAGUGUGUGGCUGCCCCUAUGGCAUGAAGCUGUCGCCAAACCAGCAGACGUGUGUGGAGGACCCCUCCAACGAGCCCCCUACAAUGCAGUGCGGAGCCAACUCCUUCUCUUGUGGCAACGGCAAAUGUGUCCCAAACAGCUUCAAAUGUGACGGCGUUGAUGACUGCCACGACAACACUGAUGAACUCCAUUGCGGAAUCAACAAUAUGACUUGUUCCCCCUCGGCCUUCACUUGUGCCAAUCAGAGGUGCGUGCCAGCAAGGUGGCGCUGCGAUGGGCACAAUGAUUGCUUUGAUAACAGCGAUGAGCUCAACUGCCCCACACAGGUGCCUGGAACGUGCCCUGCCAAUCAGUUUACAUGCGCCAACCACAAAUGUAUCCCGCUAACUUGGCUCUGUGAUACAGAUAAUGACUGUGGGGAUGGGUCUGAUGAAGCCCACUGCUAUAUGGGUGCCACGUGCUACCCAGGACAGUUUCAGUGUCCCGACCACCGUUGCAUAGACCCCAACUAUGUUUGCGACGGAGACAGAGACUGUGUGGAUGGAGCAGACGAGCUGGGAUGCAUCUAUAACUGCACAAUGAGUGAGUUCAAGUGUGCCAGGGGGCAUCAGUGUAUAAACUCCUUCUAUCGCUGUGAUGGUGUCUUCGAUUGUAGCGACCACUCUGAUGAGCAAAACUGUCCCACCAGGCCUCCCGGGAUGUGCCAUCAUGAGAGUGAGUUUCAAUGUCAAUCUGAUGGGAGCUGCAUCCCAUCCUCAUGGGAAUGUGACGGACAUCCAGACUGUCAGGAUGGUAGUGAUGAACACCACGCCUGCCCUCCCCGGACCUGCCUUUCCACGCUGUUCCGCUGUGACAAUGGAAACUGCGUUCUGCACAGCUGGAUAUGUGACGGAGACAACGACUGCAGAGACAUGAGCGAUGAAAGAGAUUGUCCCACGCCACCUUUCCGAUGUCCAAGCUGGCAGUGGCAGUGUCCUGGUCACAGUGUUUGCAUCAAUCUUACCACAGUGUGUGACAACACACCUGACUGCCCCAAUGGCGCUGAUGAGUCUCCACUUUGCAACGAGCCUUUACCAGACCAGGAGAGCUGCUCUGAUAACAACGCUGGCUGCACACAUGGUUGUAUCCAAGGGCCUUUUGGGGCCCAGUGCACGUGCCCUGUUGGUUAUCAGCUCAGCAAUGACUCCAAAACCUGUGAGGAUAUAGAUGAAUGUAAUCCCCCAGGACUGUGCAGCCAGCACUGCUUUAACGAGAGGGGCUCCUUCCGCUGUCACUGCCAGGAGGGUUACACUCUUGAAGCAGACCAGCGUACCUGCAAGGCUUCAGAUUCACGUCAAGCCUUCCUACUUGUGGCCAGUCGAAAUCAAAUCAUCCAAGAUGAAAUAAGCGCUCAACCAAAUGUGAUUCGGUCACUGAUUCGAGACGGACGCAAUGUUGUGGCUAUAGAUUUUGACUCUGUUUCCAACCGUGUGUACUGGUCUGAUACAAGCCAGGACAGAAUCUGGAGUUCUAACAUAAACGGCAGCGACAGAGCUGUGAUAUUUGACAGUGGAGUGACUGUGACAGAGAGCCUGGCCGUGGACUGGGUUGGCAGGAAUCUAUACUGGACGGACUAUGUCCUGGAGACAAUUGAAGUGUCCAAACUGGAUGGAACACAUCGGACUGUUUUAGUUAGCCAAAAUGUCACUAAUCCUCGAGCUCUUGUGCUAGACCCCAGAGACAGUGCUCAUCUGAUGUUUUGGACUGACUGGGGAAGGAACCCCCGCAUUGAGAGAGCAAGCAUGGAUGGGAAACUCAGGACAGUCAUCAUAAGCAGCAAACUGUACUGGCCUAAUGGUUUAACCAUAGACUAUCCAAAUAAUUUGCUAUACUUUGCUGAUGCCUAUUUGGACUUCAUUGACUACUGCGACUACAAUGGCAACAACAGAAAACAAGUCCUUGCCAGUGACUUGGUACUUCAACAUCCGCACGCAAUUACCAUUUUUGAGGAUUUCGUUUAUUGGACCGACAGAUACAUCAACCGAGUGAUGCGAGCUCAUAAAUGGCAUGGCGAGAACCAGACAGUCAUGCUGUUUAACUUACCUCAGCCAAUGGGCCUUGUGGCAGUGCACCCAACCAGGCAACCAGCAGGGCGAAACCACUGCUUGGGGAGCGCCUGUACACAUAUCUGCCUACUCUCUGCUGUGGGACCAAGAUACUAUUCAUGUGCCUGCCCCUCAGGCUGGACUCUGGCAGCCGACCAGUUCACUUGUGCCAGAGUUGAAGAUCCCUUUCUGGUGGUUGUGAGAGACAGCAUCAUCUAUGGUAUUCCACUGAAUCCGGAGGACAAGAGCAAUGAUGCCAUGGUUCCAGUCGCUGGUCUUCACAACGGCUAUGAUGUUGACUUCGAUGAUAGAGAACAGACCAUCUACUGGGUUGAACACCCUGGUGAGAUCCACAGGGUUAGGUCGGACGGUACAAACAGGACGGAGUUUGCCCCCGCGGCCAUUCUGGGCUCUCCUGUAGGUUUGGCUCUGGACUGGAUCACAGAGAACCUUUACUACACCAACCCAGCUACACAGUCUAUUGAGGUUUUAAAGUUGAGAGGAGAAGCACAGUACCGGAAAACUAUCAUCACCAACAACGGCUCUCCAACCGGCGCUGGCAGUCCUGUUGGCAUCGCUGUGGAUGCAGCACGUGGCAAACUUUACUGGACAGACCAGGGAACGGAAAGUGGUAUUCCUGCAAAAGUAGCAUCAGCGGAUAUGGAUGGCAUGAACCCCGUCAACCUCUUCACCAACAACCUUGAUCACAUUGAGUUCCUCACUGUGGAUAUCCAGGAGAACAAGCUGUACUGGGCCGUUACAAGCACUGGAAAAAUUGAACGUGGGGAUCCAGAUGGAACAAAUCGUAUCACGAUAGUGACCGGUCUUUCCCAUCCUUGGGGUGUCGCUGUCUAUCAGAACUACCUGUUCUUCAGCGACCGGGAUUUUGAGGUCAUCGAACGUGUAGACAAGUCGUCUGGUGCCAACAGGGUUGUGAUGAGAAACAACGUGUCUGGACUUAGAGUCCUAAAAGUUCAUUUUAGAGAUACGUCUGCAGGGACAUCUAACGGCUGCUCUGACAAUUUAGGAGCAUGUGAGCAUCUGUGUCUGCCGCGACCACGAGGUUUUUUCACCUGUGCAUGUGCGACAGGUUUUAAACUUAAUGCAGACAACCACACCUGUGCCCCUUACCAGUCCUACGUUGUCAUCUCCACUCUGUCUGCAAUAAAAGGCUUCAGUCUAGAAGGCUCAGAUCACUCUGAGGCCAUGGUCCCUGUGGCUGGUAGAGGUCGUAACGCUCUCCAUGUUGAUGUGCACAUGGCUUCUGGCUUCAUUUAUUGGUGUGACUUCAGCAGCACUAUGGCGAUCCAAAACGGAGUUAGACGCAUAAAGCCUGAUGGUUCAGGAUUACAUAGUGUAGUUACAUCUGGAAUAGGGCGCAAUGGGAUACGGGGUAUUGCUGUGGACUGGGCUGCAGGUAACCUGUAUUUCACCAACGCCUUCCUGACUGAGACCUAUGUAGAGGUACUUCGCUUGAACACAACUUUUCGUCGAGUGUUGCUGAAGACUCAAACGGACAUGCCUCGCCACCUUGUUGUUGAUCCCAGAAACAGAUAUCUCUACUGGGCUGAUUAUGGUCAGCACCCCAAAAUCGAGCGUGCUUUAUUGGAUGGAACCAACCGCACAAUUUUAGUGUCUUCUGGGAUUAUCACCCCACGAGGCCUUGCUCUGGAUUGGCAUACUGGUUAUGUUUACUGGGUGGAUGAUUCUCUGGACAUGAUUGCCCGCAUUAGCCCCCAUGGAGGGGAGACCGAGAUAGUUAGGUAUGGUAGCCGAUAUCCAACUCCUUAUGGAAUAACAGUCUUUGAGAAUAGCAUCAUUUGGGUGGACAGAAACCUCAAAAAAGUGUUUCAAGCGAGUAAAGAACCAGGCAGCACAGAGCCCCCUGCUGUAAUUAGAGAUAACAUAAACAUGUUAAGGGAUGUCACUAUCUUUGACCAACGAACUCAACCCACCACUGCCCAGGAGCUGAACUACAACCCCUGCAUGGAAAGCAAUGGAGGAUGUGCCCACCUUUGCUUUGCCCUUCCAGCACUUAGCCAAGCCACACAGAACAAAAAGUGCAGCUGUGCUUUUGGUGAUCUUGCCAUGGAUAAACAAAGCUGUGAGAUGUCAAAGGAGGAUUACCUCAUAUACACUACUGAGAGCACGGUGCGCAGCCUGCGACUUGAUCCUGAGGACCAUGCAUUGCCGUUCCCUGUGGUCAAUGUGCCUCGUACCUCCGUGGCUCUUGACUUUGACCUCACAGACAAAAGGAUUUACUUCACUCAGAGCUCAGGUUCAGGAGCAAGCAAGAUCAGCUAUAUCAGCCUGUCCUCUCCCACUUCAGCUCCUGUUGUUGUAGCAGCAGAUCUCGGGGCUCCUGAUGGGAUAGCCUACGACUGGAUUAACAAAAGAAUUUACUACAGUGAUUAUGUCAACCAGAGUAUCAGCUCUAUGUCUGUGGAUGGGGCACAAAGAACAAUAAUUGCCCAUGUAUCGAGGCCAAGGGCCAUCAUGUUGGAUCCUUGUAGAGGAUAUAUGUAUUGGACAGAUUGGGGGAGUCAUGCAAAGAUUGAGCGUGCCACUUUAGGAGGAAACUUCAGAACCGAGAUUGUGAAUAGCAGCCUGGUGUGGCCAAAUGGUCUGACUCUGGACUAUGAAGAGAGUAGGCUCUACUGGGCCGAUGCAAGCUUACAGAAGAUUGAAAGAUCCUCUCUAUCGGGAGCCAACCGUGAGGUCAUUGUCAGCACAGCUAUCUACCCAUUUGCAAUGACUAUGUUUGGUCAGUUCAUCUAUUGGACCGACUGGAACACACGCAGCAUCUAUCGUGCCAACAAGCAUGAUGGCUCUGACCAGAGAGUUAUGAUUCAGAACCUCCCAUCUCGACCAAUGGACAUUCAAGUUUUGGCCCAUAGGAAACAGCAGCAGUGCGACAGUCCGUGUGAACAGUUUAACGGAGGCUGCAGCCACAUCUGCACACCAGGACCCAAUGGAGCUGAGUGCCAGUGCCCGUCAGAAGGUCGAUGGUACCUGGCUGACAGCAAGUAUUGUAUUCAUGAUAACGGGACUCGCUGCCAACCAGGGCAGUUCACCUGUAUGAAUGGCCGCUGUAUCCGAGCGCAGUGGAUUUGUGACAAUGACAAUGACUGUGGAGAUGGUAGUGAUGAGCUGGAGAGAGUGUGUGCCUUCCAUACCUGUGAACCUACUGUGUUUACUUGUGGCAAUGGGCGGUGUGUUCCCUACCACUACCGCUGUGACCAUUUCGAUGACUGUGGAGACAACAGCGAUGAAGCUGGCUGUCUGUUUAGACCCUGUGACUCUCGUACAGAGUUUGCCUGCAAUAAUGGCCGUUGUAUCGCAAAGGACUAUGUCUGUAACGGCAUAAACAACUGCUACGACAAUGGGACCACAGAUGAACAAAACUGCCCUGAGAGAACCUGCCAGCCAGAGCAAACAAAGUGUCAGACCACCAACAUCUGUAUCCCACGGUCAUACCUUUGUGAUGGAGACGACGACUGUGGUGACAUGAGCGAUGAAAGCCCAACACACUGUGCGACAGCCACUUGCUCCCAGAGCGAGUUUCGUUGCUCCAGCGGUCGCUGCAUCCCUGCCCACUGGUACUGUGACGGAGGGGCUGACUGCUCUGACGGCUCUGAUGAACCCCUCUCCUGCACCAUACUGAUCAGAACCUGCAAUGCAGAUCAGUUUCGCUGUGAUGACGGCAGGUGCAUUGCUUUAUCGUGGAUCUGUGAUGGAGACAAUGACUGUGGGGACAUGAGUGAUGAAGAUCAGAGACACAACUGUGCGAAUCGCACAUGUUCAAGCACUGAGUUCACUUGUGUGAAUAAUCAACCACCUCAACGCAAGUGUAUUCCACGGGACUGGGUGUGUGAUGGAGAUGCAGACUGUGCAGAUGCUCUAGAUGAGCAUCAAAACUGCAGCCGCAGAUCCUGUGGCAUCAAUGAGUUCACAUGUAGCAAUGGCCUCUGCAUACGUAGCUCGUACAGGUGUGAUCGCCGCAACGACUGUGGAGACGGUAGUGAUGAGCAGAGUUGCACUUACCAGCCCUGCCAGUCACACCAGUUCACAUGUCAGAACGGUCGCUGUGUGUCCCACGACUUUGUGUGUGAUGGGGACAAUGACUGUGGGGAUGAGUCUGAUGAGCUGCAGCAUCUUUGCCAAACGCCUGAGCCCACCUGCCCCCCUGGAGAGUUCAGAUGUGAAAACGGACACUGUAUUCCCCAGAGCAAAGUAUGUGAUCGGAAUGAUGACUGCUCUGACAACAGCGACGAAAAAGGAUGUGGUAUCAACGAGUGUACAGACCCGUCAAUUCACCACUGCGAUCACAACUGCACCGAUACACCCACCAGCUUCAUCUGCACCUGCCGCCCAGGCUACCGCCUCAUGUCUGACGGCAAAACAUGCGACGACGUCAACGAGUGUGCAGAGACACCUAGCGUCUGCAGUCAGGUCUGCGAAAACAUCCUCGGCUCCUACGUGUGCAAAUGUUCUCCGGGAUUUCUCAGAGAGCCUGACGGACACAGCUGCCGCCAGAACAGCAACAUCUCUCCCUACCUUAUCUUCAGCAACCGCUAUUACCUGAGGAACCUCUCAACGGACGGGCAGGCUUACUCUCUUAUUUUGGAGGGUCUGACCAGCGUGGUGGCUCUGGACUUUGACCGCGUUGACAAACGCCUCUAUUGGAUUGACGUGAGCCGCAGGGUGAUCGAGAGGAUGCAUUUUAACGGCAGCAACCGGGAGGUGGUGGUCAAUGGACUUCUGCAUGGAGAGGGACUUGCAGUUGACUGGAUUGGAAGGAAACUGUAUUGGGUGGACAGCUUCUUAGAUUGCCUUAAAGUGUCUGAACUGGAUGGUCGCUUUGUCAAGAAACUGGCUGAACAUUGCGUUGAUGGCAAUAACAGCUACUGCUUUGAAAACCCCAGGGGUAUUGUUCUGCAUCCUAAAUACGGAUAUGUCUACUGGACGGAUUGGGGGGACAAAGCCUUUAUAGGUCGUGUUGGAAUGGAUGGAACCAAUAAAGCAGCAAUCAUCACCACGAAGAUAGAGUGGCCCAAUGGCAUCACAAUCGACUACACCAAUGACAAACUCUAUUGGUCAGAUGCUCAUCUAAACUAUAUUGAAUACUCCGACUUGGACGGACAGCACAGACACACAGUUUACGAUGGAAUCUUGCCGCAUCCUUUUGCCCUGACUGUAUUUGAAGACACGGUGUACUGGACAGACUGGAACACUCGCACAGUGGAGAAAGGCAACAAGUAUAAUGGCUCUGGACGAGAAUCUCUGGUUAACACCACACACAGGCCAUUCGACAUUCAUGUAUGUCAUCCUUACCGGCAGCCGAUUGUAAACAAUCCCUGUUCCGGGAACAAUGGGGGCUGCUCUCACCUGUGCCUAAUCCGUCAUGGGGGGCGAGAACACACCUGUGACUGCCCUGACCAUUUCCUGGCUGUUCAAAUAGGAGGUGUGACCCGAUGCCUGCCAAUGUGCACCAGCACCCAGUACAGAUGUGCAAACAAUGAACGUUGCAUCCCUAUCUGGUGGAAAUGUGACGGUCAGAGGGACUGCAGAGAUGGCUCUGAUGAGCCCUCUACCUGCCCGAUUCGCCACUGCAGCCUUGGCCAAUUUCAAUGCAAUGAUGGAAACUGUACCAGUUCACACUUUCUCUGUAACAGCCACCAGGACUGUCCUGAUGGUUCUGAUGAAGAUGCUGUGCUUUGUGCUACCCAUCAGUGUGAAAGCCAUCAGUGGCAGUGUGCGAAUAAGCGCUGCAUUCCUGAGUCUUGGCAGUGCGAUGGUGAAGAUGACUGCGGUGAUCAGUCUGACGAGGACCCUGUCCACUGCUCCACCAGGACGUGUCGCCCAGGGCAGUUCAAGUGCCGCAACGGCCGCUGCAUCCCACAGAACUGGAAAUGCGAUGUUGAUGAUGAUUGCGGUGACAAUUCAGACGAGCCACUGGAGGAGUGCAUGGGUCCAGCCUAUCGAUGUGAUAACCACACAGAAUUUGACUGCACAACCAACUACCGGUGUGUGCCGCUGUGGUCCGUCUGCAACGGCCACAACGACUGCAGAGACAACAGCGACGAGCAGGGCUGCGAGGAGGUGACCUGUCAUCCUACCGGGGAUUUCCGCUGCGACAAUCACCGCUGCAUCCCACUGAGAUGGAGGUGUGAUGGGGAUGACGACUGCGGUGAUAACUCAGAUGAGCGCAGCUGCACGCCCCGCUCAUGCACCGAGAGUGAGUAUCGCUGUGACAACCUACGAUGCGUUCCCAACCGUUGGGUCUGUGACCAUGACAACGACUGCGAGGACAACUCGGAUGAAAGGGACUGCGAGCUGCGGUCGUGUCUUCCUGGCUACUUCCAGUGUGCGAGUGGACACUGUAUAGCUGAACGUUUCAAAUGUGAUGGCAAUGCCGACUGUCUGGACUACACCGAUGAGACGUCAUGCCCGACCCGCUUUCCCAACGGCACAUACUGCCCACCGUUCCUGUUUGAAUGCAGGAACCACAUCUGUGUCCAGCCCCAAUGGAAAUGCGAUGGAGAUAAUGACUGUGGAGACAACUCUGACGAGGAGCUGCAUCUCUGCUUGGACAUCGAUUGUGAGGCUCCAUUCCGUUUCCGGUGUGAUAACAACCGCUGCAUUUACAGCCCUGAGCUGUGUAACUCUAUUGAUGACUGUGGUGAUGGUUCUGAUGAAAGACCAGAAAACUGUCAAAAACCCACACAUGGACCUUGUGCAGAUGGGGAGUAUAAAUGCAGUAAUGGACAGUGCAUCCCCAUACAGUACGCAUGUGAUGAUUAUGACGACUGUGGAGACGAAUCAGAUGAGCUUGGCUGCCAUGCAGGUCAUGAACAUACAUGUAGUGCAAACAUGUGUGAACACAACUGCACCGACCUGACAGAAGGAGGCUUCCUUUGCUCGUGCAGACCCGGUUACAGGCCCAAGGCCACAGAGAAACAUACCUGUGAAGAUGUGAAUGAGUGUGAGGUGUUUGGAACGUGUCCUCAGGAGUGCAAAAACACAAAAGGCAGCUAUGAAUGUUUCUGUGCUGAAGGCUUUCUGUCUUUUGGUGAGCCACAUGGGACUGAAUGCGCUGCUCAAGGAAAUCCUCCGGUGCUACUCUUGCCAGACAAUAUCCGUAUUCGACGUUUUAAUCUGUCCUCUGAGCAGUAUUCGGAUUAUGUGGACAAUGCCGAGCACAUUCAUGCCUUGGACUACCAGUGGGAUCCAGAGGGAGAAGGCCUCAGUGUUGUUUACUGGACAGUUCUCGGUCGGGGUUCUCAGUUCGGCUCCAUCAAGCGCGCCUACAUGACCACAUUCAAUGAUUAUGGGAACAACCCAGUGAAAGAAGUGGACUUGAACCUGCGUUAUCUUGCCAAACCUGAGGGCAUCGCCGUAGACUGGGUUGGCAGACAUAUUUACUGGACAGAUUCAGGAACCAACAGAAUUGAAGUGGCUAAACUGGAUGGGCGAUACAGGAAGUGGCUGAUCUAUACCGAGCUUGACCAGCCGGCAGCUAUCGUUGUCAACCCAUCAUUAGGGAUGAUGUACUGGACUGACUGGGGGAAGAAUCCCAAAAUUGAGGCAGCAUGGAUGGACGGGCAACACAGAGAGGUCCUGGUGAAGGAGGAAGACCUAGGAUGGCCUACUGGGCUGGCACUGGACUAUAUUAAUGGACACAGAAUCUACUGGUGUGACUCCAAAGAAAAUAUCAUUGAGUCCAUGAAGCCCGAUGGCACAGACAGGAAGAUUGUCAUAUCAGGAGAUAUUGGAAAUCCCUACAGUCUGGAUGUCUUUGAAGGACACGUGUACUGGACAACUAAAGAGAAAGGAGAGGUGUGGAAGACAAACAAAUUUGGGCAAGGAAAUAAAGUUAAAGUCCUCACAAUCAACCCCUGGUUGACACAAGUCCGUAUUUACCAGGAGCAUCGGCACAAUCAGUCAGUGUCCAACCCAUGUAAGAAUGUCUGCAGUCACCUCUGCCUCCUCCGGCCUGGAGGGUACACCUGCGCCUGUCCACAAGGCUCCCCUCCGCUAAAUGCUGAAUCAACAGAGUGUGAUGCAGCCAUUGAGGCUCCUGUUGCCAUGCCUCUUGCAUGCAGAUGCAUGAAUGGUGGAACCUGCUACACCGAUGAAGGGGGUCUGCCAAAGUGCAAAUGUCCAUAUGGCUACACUGGUAGCUACUGUGAGAUGGGGAAGUCUAGAGGUGCUCCAGCUGGUACAGCGGUUGCUGUUCUGUUGGCCGUCAUUAUCAUCCUGAUUACCGGAGCUUUAGCUGCCGGAGUUUUCCUCAACUACAGACGAACAGGAUCUUUUAUCCCCUCUAUGCCCAAACUACCCAGCCUCAGCAGCCUUGUGAAAUCAGCCGACAACGGGAACGGGGUGACGUUUCGGUCUGGCGAUGAUGUGGACCUCGGACCGUCGAACAUUGGAGUAUCUGUGAUCGACACAGCCUUGCAGAUGGAUGAUAAUUUUGCCAUCACUGCUGGGCGUCACCCAAUCACAUUUGAGAAUCCCCUGUAUGCCACUGCGCCUGUUGCCGGUGAUCCUGCUGUCAUUCAUGCUACACAGGUGACAGUUAAUAUGAGCGGUGAACAGCUGAACAAUUUUGUGAACCCAGUGUACCACGCAGAUCAGAGCGCAGGUCUUGUUAACACAUCCGUCAGUAACCUUCCUACUCAGGAGUCAAAGUGGAGCUUUUUUAAACGAAAAUUGAAACCAAGCACAACAUUUGAAAACCCUUCAUAUUCAGAGAUGAAGGAUGAGAAGCCUGAAGGAAACAGCGAGGACUCUUCUGCCCCAGAGCCGUCUCCAUUUGCCCCCCCUGCAAAACCUUCAAAGAAAGAUCGACCUAGCGCCUUCUCGCCAACCGAGGACAGUUUCAAAGACACAGCCAACCUUGUUAAAGAGGACAGCGACGUAUAACCACUCUCUCUGACGGAGAGGAAUAAAAAAAAAACACACUUUGCACAGAAUUUAUUUUUAUAUGCAGCCUGUGUACAAACUCAGAUUGUGUUGGGACAGAGAGACAUGCUAGAGCGAAGAGAAUAUCUUCUGUCACUAUGCCUUCUGACAUUUCUUAUGCCAAUUUUCUCGUUAAUAUUGUUUUUCUUAUCAUGAUGUACAAUAUGUAUAUCUUUGCACUGAAGCUGUUGAUAGUAAUGUUAAAUAUGCUGUACAUUUGUAAAUUUUCAACAGUGAGAUUUUGACAGAAAUAGAUCCUUAGUCCUUCAACCUAAACUUACUAUAACCAGUAUAAAAUGUGAGCCGUAUUGUGACUGCACGGUACUUAUAUGAUCAAAGAUUGCCAGAGAAUGAUGCUGGAAAAGCUGAUGAUGUAUUCCACGUUGCAUAUACCUCGAUUCAGGGUUGACAAAUGAAACUGGAUUUUAACACACCCUGUAUUUUCAGUGACACACUCCACUAGAAGCUGAAAGAACGGAUUCUACUUGAUCACACCUUUUUUUUUUUUUUAUUUAAUCAACGUGGUAGUUUGGAAUGGCUAAAAGGGUUUGGAAACUACUAAAAAGCGUGCAUCUGUUGCAUGUCAAUGCAGUUUAAAGACUUGUAAAGUUAUGAUUUACACUUUUUUUUUUCACAAUGUGAGCAAAUACUUUGCUGGUUGAUUGAUCUUGUACUGCAAUGAGAACAAACACCUGUGACUGUGCAGAACAUGCCCGUGGGAAUUUAAUUUUUGCUGCUGACACAUGAAUGAAUA